CAAUUUAAUGACAGUCAUCACAAAGGGGGAUAAUCUGUGAAUGUCAUCAAAGGAAGACAAGAAAAGGGUAGGAAAAUAGUUAUCAGUGAAAUACACCAAAGGGAGACAAUAAAAUGAUCGUCAUAGCGAAGUAGCGAAGGGAGAAAGUCAGUGAGUGGCAUCAAAAGGAAACAAUUAAAUGAUAGAGGAUGCAGUCAUUAUCAUUCUUGAACUGGUAGCAGUAUGUCUGGAAAUUCUGUGCGCAGUUCUAAACAUCUUAUCACUUCUGCUGGUGGAAAUGCAAAUGAUUUCUUGCUCAAAUGAAGAGGGUGGAUGGAGGGGGGACAGUAGAGCUUGUGAACAAGGGCAGAUAAUCAUUCAAGGACCAACAGUUAGGAAACCAGUCAACAUGAAUGAUAACCAGUCUGCCGGGCAGCCAAUGAAAAUUACUGAAACAGCCAAUCAGUCAAUCAGCAAUGUUUUUACAGUAAAUGAUAACCAGUCUGCCUGCCAACCAAUCACAGGCUCUGAGACAUCUGAUCAGCCAAUAAGAAGCCCCAGCUCAUUAAAUGAUAAUCAGAUUACAAGGAAGAAUGAACAGGAGAUUGAAUCAAUUCAGAAUCUGAGCAACCCAGUGAGCAGUCAAACAGAAAAUACCAAACCUGAAACCAACCAAUCAAAUGUGAAUUCAAAUUCAAAUCAGCCAAUCAGAUUCAAUAUCUCUGGAAACCAGCCAAUCAGAUUAUCACUUUCAUCUUCAUCUGAUAGCUCUGAUAGUUCUAAGACUACAACAUGGGGAAAAGUAAAGAGUGGAUCACCAAAAAAAUGCAAAAAGGACUCGAACAUUUCAAACGAAAUCAUUUCACCGCAAAGUUCUCCAAAAAAGGAGAAUAACAAAACGAUGACAUCUUGGAAAGAUAUUUCUCCAUCAAAAUCGUCUUCAGGCUCAGAUCUUGAGGGAAGCAGUCAUAGCACCGAGCGGCAUCCAAGAAUGUUCAGAUUCAGUCGCUCGUUUAAAGAUUCCAGUGACUCCAGUCUAACAUCAAACUCAGACAACAAUGUUUAUGAAAAUCCAGAUGAAAAUGAAGAUGUAGAAAACAAAUCCACCAAUCAGAAUUCAGACAAGCCAGUAGCCAAUCAGAAUUUAGAAAGAAAGUGUUGCUGUUCAAAAGAAACUGGUUCUCCCUGUAAAAGUUCAAAAUCAUGCAAGUGUCCAAAAAACUGUGCGCUUUGUAACACUGAUAAUCAGAAUGUGUUAGUAAGUAGUAACAGUUCAUCAAAUGACAAUGAUUCACCGAAAAAGACGAAGCGUGAAAUUAAUGAUGAUGGUGAAAAUGACUAUUUUUAUGAUGAGGAUUUCAGUGUUCAGUUUGACACAAACUUGCGUGAGACAUCAGUCACCCCUAUCGAUUCCGAUCCCAACACUACGAUUCUGGACUUUCCAAACAUGGUAACUGGGAGCUAUUUAAGAUUCAAUGGCGGAUCUUCAAAUGUUAGUUUCAAUAACUCCAAAGCCUCUUCUCAAAAUGCAAGCGUCAAUACUCUGAAAGUUUCUAUUGUGGAUAAUGCAGACAUACAAAACAACCAGUAUGACCCAGGUCGAUAUGAUUCUGAGGCAUCCGGAAAUUCUGGGUCACAUAAUUCAACCAUGGAAAUAUCAUCAAGUGACCAGAAUUUACUGGGAUCUAGUGAUUUGAUUGAUUUGAGUGAUGGUCCGUUAUUCACGCCAACUCCUUCAAAUAUGCUUGGUUCUGGUGACAGUCUGGAUGGAAACACACACAAAAGUAAAGAUAGGGAACAAGAUGGUGAUAUGGUUGAAAGUGCCGAUUCAGCAGACACAAAUUUAAACGUGAACUGUUGCCCGAGGAAAGAUGACUACUUCCUUUCAUUUGAUGGUUCACAUUCAAAGGUUUCUGGCUCAGAAACAGAUAUUUCUCUUUCAUUCACUUCUCAUGAUUCAUGUCCAGGUCAUUGGUCCCAAAGUGGAACCUCUAAUUAUCAUAGUAACUGUUGCCAAGGGGAAGGUCAUGAAGCUAGUAAUGAACUUUCCAGUUCUGAAGGUCAGGAUGAAUGUACAGACAGUUUCCACUUGUGUUUUAAUAAACUCUCCCCACGCCACAAAGGUGGGCAGUACGUUGCUAGAGAAAACCUAACAGGGCGUGUACUGAAAAGACUGGUUACAGUUAAAGAAAACACUUCAGAAAUCUGUGAUUCUUCGGAAGAUGAAAAUACUAAAACCAGCACAACUUUGACUGCAGGUAGCAAGACUGUGUCCUCUUCUAGUCCUUUUAGUACUACAAAAAAGAAAAUCGUACGGCAAAUUAGUGAACCAAACCAUAAUCAUUCUCAUGAAGGUCAUGAACAUCAUUGCCAUAGCAACAGAGUGAAAGGUCAAGGCAAGCCAGAACAGCUGUUUUUGGUUGGAAUAGGAAAACCGCUUGAAAUUCUGCGGAAAGCUCGUGUUCAUAGUCAUUCGCUUCCAAGGUCAACAAAAAUGGUGUCAUGGAAGCAGGUGAAAAAUAUCAGAAACGAUCAAGCAUCAAAGAAGUGUCAGAGUUUGCCUGAAUUGCCCACUUGCACUAGCUGGGAGAACAUUGCUGCGGAAAAAUGUCAAAAACUGUCCGACGUGUGUGAAAGCUUCCAUAACAAAAGACAUUCUGCUUCAUUGUUCGAGUUUUACCAAAGAAUGAAAAACCAGUCAAAUCCAGUUUCACCAGAAACAAUGAAAAAUUUGGAGCAUAUAUUUUGGCCAAACUUUGUUGGGCAGAAGUUGCGAAAUUCUGAAAUGAGUGAAUCGUCAAGUUCGUCGCAGGAGUGUCCACAUUGUUUGGGAAAAAUUCCAGCCAAUGGUCUGCCAGAGAGCACUGUUAACAAGGCAUAUGCAAAUAAGAGGAUUUUUGAUUGGUUGAAAAUGGAAUAUUCAGGAAAAGACACGUUGAGGCCCAGUUCACUAGGGUGUCAGACUGGUCUUAUGCUUGCGGAAUGUGACAGCAAAGAAACCUUAAUAUCCCCACAGACUGUUACCUUAUGGGGAGGAACAAAAACAGUGGGAAUGCAAUUUCCGCCAUUGACAAAGGACUGUUCCAUGCAAACAGUGGUGAAUCAGCUUCAAACAUCAGCUGAGAAUUUCAGUAAUGUGUUUGCCAACUUAGUGAAGAAGGACAUCGCUUUGCAGACAUCAGAUUUUGAAGAGGAGGAGAUUCUUUCAAUUUUGUCAGACAAUUUUGAAGAGUUUGGCUUUUUGAGGUCAAAUGAAGGAAUUGCAAAAGAUUUUCUGAGCUGCCCCGAUUUUACACCUUCAGAAAUUGGUACUAAGAACAAAACUGGCAAAAUACAUCGAUCAAAGAGUGCUGACGGGUACAAAAAUACUUCUGAAAGGCUUCAUUCAAAAUCUGAUCAAAACAUCAGGUUUGGUCGAUCAAGAUCAACCGGUCGUCUAGGUGACCGAUCAUCAGUGAUCAGGCGCAGAAUGGGCCUGAGUCGCCAUUACUCACAUCAGUCAUUGCCAGACAUUGCAUUCUUGACCUCUUCCGUGACACUUGAAAAAGACGAAAGCAAAGACUCGUUGUUUGACGCUAUGAAACUCGAUCUUCCAUACCCAGUAACCAUAGCUACCAAAACUGAACUAGAGCAGUUCAACAUCUACAGACAGACUUCUGCCCCAUGCCAGCAUAUUGACAACAAAAAAUUGAACUUACAGCUUCAAAAGUGUUGCCAGGGAAACAUAGCUAAAAAUAUCAUCAAUAAGAACGACCCUGAAGUUGCCUCGAGUAGUAGCGGCAUUUCAACAAGUUCAGCUUCGUCUGGCAUUGACCCUGGCUAUUGUGACUGCAGGUCAAGGGCACUUGAAAGCCCAGAAAAUGACCUUGAAAGGCUUAUAUUUUUCCCACCGCACACUGAGAAAAAGAUUAAGUUAGCGAAAGAUUGUUGCAAUGCUAAGAGAAGGGCUCAGUCAAUGCCUAGCAAACUUUCUGAAUGCGCAGCCACCAGUGAUCUAAAGUUGAACAAAUAUGCAAAUGAGGCGCGACCCUUGUUCAAAGGUCAAUUGCAAGGUCAGGGGUUAAAGGUGCAGUGUAAAAUGAGUCCCAAAUGGAUUAAUGGUAAUAAAAACAUUGACACAAAGGACAGUGAGAAUUUGUAUGCUUUGGAAGAAGAGCAGACCCCUGUUGCUUCCCCUGAUGCCCCUUGUAACCAUAGCAACCACAGGGACAGUGGUUGCUAUGAGAACAGUUGUCAUGACAACAGCUGUGAGCACGACAGCAGCAGCUGCGAAAUGUACCACGGGGGUGGGGAAAGGAAUUUCACAGAAAGUGACUUCUAUCGUGCCGUGGAGAGUGAUCGCAUCAUUGUUGUUGGAAACGGUUGCUAUGGUGGACUAUAUGCAGAUGAUUCUAAUUCAUCUAGCGGCAGUUCUAUUCCCAAUGGUGAGAGAAAGCCAUUGAAAUCAUGUUUGCGGAAGCGUAACAGAAGCUUGCGACCUACCAGAUCGAUGUCAGCUACAGACACAAUGACCUUGAACUUUGAUGACAUUGAAGCCAAGGUACGCAACCACCGGCACUCGUUUGGUUGUGAUGAGUUGUACGUCGUGUCAGAUGAACAUGGUCAGCUGAUGAUGUACCAGGCAGACGACAGCGCAGAGCCCGUCAUGUUUUACCUUGGAAAAGACGGGAAGUGCCACAUGACAGAAGGAAAUCGCAAUCAUGUUGAGAACUUCGGGUCACUCGCUAACUUCAACAUACAAGCUUCGGACAGCAUUCACGCUAGUGAUAGUUCAACAGACAGGGAGGGUAACAGCAAGAGAAAGUCAGUAAGUUUUGCCUCGGAGGUUUCCUUCCAAUCCAUUAGCCCCACCCCAUCACCUAAGAAACAAGGUCAUGCAACAGGAAUUGAAGGUGGGAAUGAAACUGAGGCUGGGAAUGAGACAAAGGAAGUGACAUCACAGAAGGCAGAUGGUAGUGGCACAAGUGAAGAAAAGGGGGACAACUCCACUGAGAAAGAUCCAGAUGCUGGGAGUCAAUCAAAACCUGCAGAGAAGGCAUGGCCUGAUGUGAUUGACAGCUGUCAGGGCUCCAGCUCCAGCUCAGACUCCGCCCCCACAGAGUUCCAUGUUGCCAUGGAUACGAAUGAGAACCUGUGGUUUGAGGAUGCCAUGUUGGAAAAAAUAGGUCUUCUGGAGUCGGUAUCAAAAGCGUCGGAUGUACUCAUAGCCCACUUUGCCACAUCCCGAAGUUUCUCUGAUAAGCUUCGUCUGGGUAACACAGCAGAGACCCCAGUCCUUGGUGACAUCAUCUUGACUCGCCUGUGUACAGCCCUCACGGCAGUACUGUCUGACGGCUUGAAACAUCAUCUUGCUGGGUUCCAGAUGUUUGGAAGUGUUCAAUUGACAGUGUGGAAGGUGCAAGAGGCUGCAGUAGAGAUUGUCCCUCAGACGCGGGCCCUGUGUGAUCUAGUGCAGGAAGUCAAGAAGACAACGUUCCUAACAACGCACCAACAGAAGUUUGACGCCUUCGUGUUUGGGCUUCUAAAUCGUAGAGUUCUUGAUUUCUGGAUGGGCUACCUGAGAGAGAAGGAAGGACAGUUAUCCAAGUUCUACAACUCAGGAGCAAUCCUGGUUCACUCCCCUGCCUCUCUCAAGAAGCACUAUGACGACAUGGUUGUCUCCCUUCAGAAGCUUGCCGUCCUCCCUUUUAACCUUGACGUGGAGUUUAUCAGUGAGAGGGCAUUGACAGACUCAAAGUUUAAGUCUCAGUCACAGGAGAUGAUAAGUUCAGAUUGCAGUGUGGGAAAUGUAUCAACCAAUCAGUGCAGAUCGUCUGCAAUGUUGGCCACUGAGAAUCUCCGAAGUACAAGCAUGCUUGAAUUCAGUGCGUCCAAGGCUUUGAACUGGUUGGCGAAUGCCACACUACCUAGAAAAUUAAGCUCGACUGAAGACAUUUGCCAGAAAAGGCGAGUCACUGAAUCAACCAAUCAGAUAACAGAAUCUGGUUGUUCCACCAAUCAGGAGUCAGGAUCGUUCUCUUUGAACAAUAACUCUGAGUUUGAAGGGGAAGCUGCGAUGUCAUUAAAGUUUGAACUUUCCGAGGCAAAGAAACUUGUGUACAGAGAUGCAAAAAUGUCUGUCAUAGACUGUGACCCGAUAAUUUCACAGGCAGAAAGUUUUAGGUCAAGUAUAAGUAGUCAGACUGGUUUCACAUCACUUUUCUCCACAAUGGCUGCCCGUUUAGGUGAAAAUUUUGUUUCCCAGUCUAGGCAGAGCGAUUCCUCUGUGAACCAGUCUCUGACAUCAUCAAUGACAUCAUCAGCUUCCAGUCUCAUGACUCGCUUGACAGGAAUAAAGCUGGGAGCUAACCCAAAGGCUUACAAAAAAGGUGUUACUGAGUAUCCAUUCAUGGAAGAGACUAAAGAAAAUGCAGAAGUUCAGCCAGAAGAAUCGAACAAAGUGACAGCUACUCCCAAGCCAUCUGAAACUGUCAACGAAAUUCCGAAUACUGCAGAUGUCAAGUUACGAGAAAAGAAACCAGACUCACAAGCAACGGAAAACCGGAACAAACGAGUUUCAUUCGACAUAGUGAACUUGUUUGACAAACUUUUACUGCCGUCUGCACCAAAAUCGGAGGUCAAAGCGGCUCCUAAGCCUGUAAGUAAAAUUCCAGUUCCUAAAAACCGAUGGAGCUGGAAUUUUGGGAUUUCAAAACCAUCUGCUAGUGGGGCACAGUCUAGCAAAGCUCUAGUGAAAGCCUCUACUGACUCUGAUAUUAAAAAGGGAAACCAGUCGAAAAAAAAUCCAAAAGUUGGUUCAGAUUUGCACCAAAAAAAUGAACACUUUCCUAAAACUGUCUCCAAAGUUACAAAUGGCAAUAAGCAAACUAAGGGAAGUAAGCAAUCAGCGGUAAAGUCUUCUGAAGAUAGUGCCCCCCCUAAACCACCCAGAUUGGUUCAGUCUGACAAUGAAAAAAUUACCAGUCCACCUCACAAAAACAAAAAUACUGCAACACUUUAGUCAGUUUUUUGUUGACUGACUAUGUAAUAGAAUCCUCCAUUUGUCACAUCAAUAAAGCUCAGACAUGUUGACCUUACUAUUCUAAACCAAAGUAGGAAAACAAUGUGACUGAAAUAUUAUGUACUAAAUUAAGAAUAGUCAUUUUGAUAUGUAUUUAUAAAAAGUUUUAUUCCUGACCAUCCUUUCAGAAAUUUAAAUUUGAUCAUUGUAAGACAAUUUUGAGGAAUCUUUAAACUGAUUCAUAAAGGUAAGUUUCAUGCUAAUGUGCAAUAUAUGAUUUAAAACCUGGACUUGGAGUGCAAAUUUAACCUGUAAUGACUGCUACUUCGUUUGCUUUUAGACAAAAAGGUUUUGUGCAAUAUUUCUAUGUGAGUACAAGAAUUUAAUUGUCUCUGUUAUUUAUUAAGUAUAUCUUUAUUUGUUAUUUUUUCGAGCAGUUUGUAUUUUUAUUUAGAAUAAUAUAAAUUAUAAGUGUUAUAAUAUAAACUUAAUGUUGGGCAAGUUGCUUAAUUAAAACAUGAAAUUAUUUAUAAAUGUGUAUCCUUCAAGCUUUAAAUUGUCAGAUGUCAAUGUAUGUUGUAAGAACACCAAUGCAUAUAUAUUUUAGCAGAGCGAGGAACAAGAAAUACAAAAGUGUACGCAAAACAUAUUUAUCUCCCCUUUUACCAAGGUUUUGGACACCAUUUUAGGAUGUGGGAUUGUUAUUUUGGCAUUUUUUGCAAUUUAUUUCAGAAGCAGGUGUAAAAAAA